UAAAACUCCCAUGAGCAUUGUAACAGUUCAUUGAUAGAAUUGCAAGACACUCACUGGUCUUGCAGGCCUAUGCCUAUAAUUUCUAUGCUGUCCAAAUCGAAAACAACCUAUUUGUAAAUGUAUCACUAUUGUCAUGUCUAAAUAGAAGGUCAUUGCAUUGUCUUGUGGUUUAUUGUCUAUUCAUCACCUCGCGCUGCAUUAGUGAACAAAGAUGGAAAGGUGUCGGCGGUGGUGAACGUUGCGAGUGCGUUGUACUGUCAUUGUGUGCCAGUGGUACCAGGUUUGUAUAGUAAUGGGCUGAAAUUGGCUCUAGCCAGUGUUCCCUGCUGACUUGGCAGUAUUUUGCCCUCUCAUCAGUGAGAGUGACAGACACGUUUCCAUGACUUCACCCCUCCCCAGCAGAACAGCGGCUGCUACAUUGGGGAGCUGGGUCGCUGACAAGGGACCCCUGUCACAAUAAUCUUUUCAGACAGCAGGAAUAGAAAAUCGCCAUUGUCCUGCACAUAAAACAGCCUAGAGGUUAUGUGGAAGGGAUGCGAGAUACUUGAGAUGUUAUACAGAAGAUUGGAUUUGUGGAAGCUUACUACUGGUGUGUAGAAGCCUAUUAGAAUACCUCAUGUUUCUCGAUGCAAAAAAGCCACAGGCCCGAUUCCUCUGUCUGCGCUGUAUGCAACAACAAUCACUUCUGUUGUCAUUGGGACUCCCUGCCAGCCUUUGAGUCCGUCUAUAUUCAUUUGUAUUAUAGUUGUUUGUUGCCGCUGCUGCUGCAUUUUCAGCGCUUGUCAUGUCGUGUCGGCGUGGAGGCUCUGAACAUUGAAAAGGAGAGAGAGCAACAAAGGAUUGCAGGAAGACACAAUGCGUGUGAACAGCCUAAGUCAGAUGGCGCUUAAGGACAGCCCGAGGGAAAUGUUUGCUGAUGUGCGGAAGUACGUUUAGGAAGUGCGCGUUGAUGAUGAUGGCUCGAUCAACUCCCCUUCACCCAUCAGUACAGGGUUCGGUGCUGCUCUGCAGUGUAGGCGCCAGAGGUGACGCGUCCCCUGAUGACGGCCAUCGGACUCCUUUGUUCCGUGGAAGCCCUGGGAAACCCCGCUUUUAUGCUCCAUGCUUGUUCUUGAGCCUUGGUGGUCCCAGGACAGUUUGAUUUAUGGCGCCCCGGCGCAAGCAAUUGGAUAUUUUAUUGCGCGUCGGUUCCGGGCUGCACAGGCGCCUCCAGCUCGCAGGUUCUCAUAACCUUAGUAUGCGGCGAUUACAUGCUAGGAAUUUUCGAACAUCUUGCCCCCAAAGAACAGAAAAAAAUACCGUUAAUGACUUUCGAAUGGAAAAUUUUGAUUCGAAAAUAGAUGUUCUUGGCUUGGGUGGGGGGCUUGGAAAGAAAUUAUAAAUUCAAAGGUUCAGACAGGGACUUUCACAGUCCCAGAACGUCCCCCGAAGCUGAAAUUGGUCUUGCUAUCUGCUAAGAACAAUAAUUCAUGUGGAGCACAAGAGAUAAAUAGACCCCCAUUGACACCAAGUCUGUAAGUUCUAAAUGUAUGCUAAUCUGCAAGUAAAGACGGCUAAGCACUUGUCUUUCACUGGAACAUUAUUAAUUGAAACUUGGAUAGCGCUUAGGCUGAUCUCUGUGACCCUGGUGCAGGGAAAGGCGGAGUCCGCUGCGGGACCCGGGCUGUGGGCAGCGCACGUCUGGCACAUGGAUGCUGCGUUCUGCGGGUUUUUCCUUCUCUGGCGGGCAAAAUGGACAGAGAGGACAGUCCCCCCCCCCCCAAUGGCACUGCAUGCAGGCACAGUGUCUGCUGCUGACAUAAAGCACAUGGGCUGUCAUUGGCCACUGGUCAGCUCUACACAGCCCAGUUUUUCGGCCUAGUCAAGCAAUUUAUUAAUUAGGCUUAUUUAACAAAUUCAGAUAUUAAUGUAAUGCAGGGCAUGAUUUAAAUGUUACAGCAUAUAUUAGCUGAAAUUUGGAUGUCCUUUUUAAUAAUGUUAAACUAAACUGUUUUAUAUAUAUGCUAAUAAAAUACAUUCUCGUGGCCUAUAUUUUUGUAAUUAGUAGUGUUUAAAUUUAUCAGUCCUUUGGCUGAUUGUUCAAACACUAUUAACAAGUAAUCAGGGAUUAAUUUAAAUAAUGAACGCCAUUUUAUUCAUUUAAAGGGCCACGCACGCAGUUAGAAACAGUGAGUCAUUUUAUGUCAUUAUAAAUAUUCUUAACAAUUUCGUUUAACAGGAGUGGAAAAUGGGGCUUUGGGUAAUGCAUUCGGCUAAACGCGAUUUUAAUCGUGCAAUUCAUUCAAUCAACAGCUCAAUGAAGCGUAAUUAAUAAGGAGCUCAGCUGGAAUAAAAAAUCAGCGUACAGUGUGGGUCACUGGCACUGGCACUGAGAAGCACUCUGGAUGCGUUUAUGUGGGGCUGGGAGAGGCUUCCGCGCACGGCACAGCCAUGGAGGGCGACUGCCUGAGCUGUAUCAAGUACCUCAUGUUUGUCUUCAAUUUCUUCAUCUUCCUCGGCGGUUCCUUCUUGCUGGGGGUGGGCAUCUGGGUGCUGGUGGAUCCUACCGGCUUCCGGGAGAUUGUGGCAGCCAACCCGCUGCUCUUCACGGGCGUCUACAUCAUCCUGGCUAUGGGCGGUAUGCUGUUUCUCCUGGGCUUCCUGGGAUGCUGCGGGGCCAUCCGUGAGAACAAGUGCCUGCUGCUCUUUUUCUUCCUCCUCAUCCUCAUAAUAUUCCUGGCAGAGUUGGCGGCAGCCAUCUUGGCCUUCAUAUUCCGUGAGCACCUGACCAGGGAAUACUUCACAAAGGAGCUGAAGAAGCACUACCAGGGCCACAACAACAGUGACGUCUUCACCUCCACUUGGAACGCCAUCAUGACCACCUUUGAGUGCUGUGGGGUAAACAGCCCUGAAGAUUUUCAGGAUAGCCUCUUUGGACUGGUGCCCGAGGCCUGUUGCCUGAGGAACAGUAACCUUGGAGAUGGAGGCUACAUCAACAAGGAUGGUUGCCUCUCGGGCAGUAUGACAUACCGAAACAACAAGGGCUGCUACUCGGCAGUGGUGGACUACUUCGAGACGUACAUCUACUUGGCGGGAGCGUUAGCCAUUGUUGUGCUGACUAUCGAACUUUUUGCCAUGGUUUUUGCCAUGUGUUUGUUCAGAGGAAUCCAAUAGAUUCAGCAUGCUGCAUGUCAGGACUUUAUAAAAGGGAAACUGCGCAAUGGAAAGAAAACGAACACUUGUACAUUACAAAGAAGAUGUCCUUCUUUGGCUCUUUGUAUACAAUUGGGAGAAUCGACUACAAUCAGACAACUCGUACUCUCAGCUGAACCUUUGGGGUACCGGGCAUGUUUUUAAAAAAAGAGAAAAAGAAAUAAAGGAGAAAAAAAAACAAAGAAAAAAGCAACAGCGACAAAAACGAGUGGAAGGCUGACUGAUGCUGCUGCGAUUCCCAAGCGCAGGAUGAGGAGGGCGCUGCACUGACAUUUGGAUGAAGAAUAUUUAUAGUGAGGGAAGUCAGUCUAGCUAUAUAGAAGUAUGUGUUUUAAGUAUACCGUGGCUGUAGCCUAAACACCCCCCCGCACACUCCAUGCACACUCUGCCAGAGCCACACCUGUUUAAUGUUGUUUAUCGUCCCAUUCUGAAUUACUCCACCGUGUGGCCUGUACCCCCCUAUCUCUCUGCACACUAAGGCUUGCAAAUAAUUUUGUUGUGCAUUUUUUAUUGUAUGGUGUUGUUAAUUGCAAUAGUACUUCUGUGUGAUUUUAGCUUAAAUGUAUCUGUAUGCAUUUGUAUUUGAAUCUAUGACUGAUAAAAAAAAUAUUAAAAAUGAUUCUGUAACCU